CCCCCUCAGUGAUGGCUCACCGCUUCGUGACGGUAAGACGUGGCAGUCCUGCAGCUCGCAGCGGACAGAUUCAGCCAGGAGACCAGCUGAAGGCUGUGGACAGUCGACCAGUGGACGGUCUGCAGCACCGAGACCUGUCCCAGAUCCUCAGGAGGGCUGGGAACACGCUGAGGCUGAGCAUCAUCCCCCGACAACGUACAACACACAUACACACUGAGACACACAACCAACCACACAACUAAAGUCCAACCAGAGUCCAACCACACAACCAGAGUCCAACCACACAACCAGAGUCCAACCACACAACCAGAGUCCAACCAUAUAACCAGAGUCCUACCAUACAACCACACAACUAAAGUCCAACCAGAGUCCAACCACACAACCA